CUUGAACCAACGAGAUUUUUGAAACAUUAUACGCAACGACGUUGAACGGCACCCUUUGUCGUGCCUGCCUAACAUUCAACCGCAUUGAGGCGCGUGUGGCUUCUGGUCGUGAUUCUGAUCUUCGUCUUGUGCGCCUUUUCCCCGAUGCGCGACGCUCCGACGUCCAUUCACUGGAGUGACGCUUCUGGAUUUCGAUCGAAUCGAAUCCCUCGGCCGCGGGGUUUGGGGGAUAUUGCCUCAAUUUCAUCGUUGCUUAAAAUGCCCACCAUGUCAUCCUCCACAACCCUUCCCUUCGCACCCUUCGUUCGCCAUCCUGCCCCCUUCACUGGUUGACCCUGUUCCUACUUUACUCGCCUAUAAUGCCCCCUACUCGAAAUCGUCGAUCUGAGGUGUCCUCGGCUCGUUCGGGAUCAUAUGUUUCCCAUACUAAUACCCCAAAAAUACCUUGUACUUGGGAAGGCUGCUCUAGUACGCCGUUUACGCGCGUGAGCGACGUCGCCCGACACGUGAGAGAUGUACAUCUUCGUCUCAAGAGCUACACGUGCAAAUACUGCGGCAGAGGCUUUGCUCAAAAAUGCGCGAGGGAUACUCAUGUCAACACUCACACUGGCGAUCGCCCCUUCCCUUGCAACUCUCCUGGUUGUGCGAUGACAUUCGCCGAUCGUUCGGUUCGCUGUCGUCACAUGAAGGAACAGCAUACCCCUUGCACGGAAUCGUUCAAAUGCACAUUCUGUGCCAAAGUAUUCAAGCGAAAAGGUGUCCUUCAACAACACAUUUUCAAAGUUCACGAGUCGACGCCAUCGGAUGUUACAGAAGUUGACACCCCAACGACCGUUGUUGCGACAACUCCGCUUUCCCCCACGCAAACACCUCCAUACUUCCCCGAAAUGUCCCUUUUGGAUAUGGACCAACUUCUCUCCGCAAUCUCAGAGCAAAACCCCAGUUUGUAUCAUUCGACAGUGCCGGGUACAUCCACGCUCUCGUGUCCCCCCACGUCACCUCCAUGCCCAGAACAACUAUUUCUAGCGCCGGAUCCUGCUAUUUCUCCCCUUUCAACCCUUCAGCACCCCCUCGAACCCUCUUCUCGCUGCGAAAAGGGCCUUCACUAUGAUGCACAAGCAACGGUUAACUUAUCCGACCUUGAACUUUGCAAGCAGCCCGUCACGUCACUUGAAGUCCCCCUGGUGUCGUAUUUAAAAUCCUCUCCAAAACUCCCAUCCAUGACCCAUUCCUUCAACUCCUUGUUGGGGACAUCUUGGACCGUCGCCAUGAGACCCGUAGACCCUUCAGAGAUGGUCGCGAUGGAUGAUGUGUUCUACCCUUACUACAUUCCCAAUAGCGUCCCUCUGCCGUCGGGAAUCGACGACGUGACGCUCGAGGAUUUCAUGCGGGCGCCAUUGAUUGGUUCACUCUAUUCGGGAAACGAAACCUGUGCGUUCUAACUCCAUGGCACUUCCCAUUCGCGUACUUUUGGUUUGGGUUGGUUUGUUGUUGAUUUUCAUCCAUCUCUACUUUCAUCGUAACCCUCAUUUUUACAAGGUUGCUUUUAUCUUCUGAUUUUUCUUUUCUGUGCGCAAAGGCCAAUACUGUAAGGUACGAUCGGGAUAAAUCAAAUCCGUUGUAACACAAUAAGUUCCUGUUCAGGAGAAAAGGAG